AUGAGGAUUCCAGAAAUUGCAUCCUUUUACAAGAGAAAUACAGCUUUUGGUAUUUUAGAAAAAACUUUCGAGCCAUCUGGUAGAUGUGAAAAACAAAAGUGCAAAACGAGUGAUGAUGCAACGAUAAUGUCAGUUAGAGGCCUUGCUCAGGAUAGUGAUGCGGUGUCAGAAUCCAGAUUUUCGAUUCGUCAAGCGUGGCUUUGUAUUCCUUUUGAAAAAAGAACCUCAAAAAUAGGGGAGCAAAAUUAA